AGGGAUUUUGUAAUAGGCAAAGGUCCUGGAAAGAAAACUAUUGCUGCUAUGCAGGAGGCUUUAAGGAAAUUAAAAGAAGAGGAAGAGAGAUUAAAGCGCGAGGAAGAGGAAAGGAUACGGCAAGAGGAAUUACGGGAGCAAGCUAGGCAAGAACAAUUGCGACUUGAACAAGAGCGUAAAGAAAAGAAGAAAUUGAAAGAAAAACAGCGGAAAGAGAGGCUGAAAGCAGAAGGAAAGUUUUUGACUACAAAACAAAAGCAGGACAGAGCUAGAGCACAAGCGAUGAUUGAAGCACUUAAAGCUCAGGGUCUGGAUUUGCCAGAUGUAGGAGAAAAAAAGCCUAGACCAGGAACUCGAAUCAGGCCAAACAAAAUGAAACAACAAGGUAGUGUGGAGAAAAAAGAGGAAGAGAAAAUUGAAACAUCAGCGGCUCAAGUGCAAGUAGAAAUUGUAGAUGAACUGGUAAAGGAAAUAAAGGAGGAGAAGAAGGAAGAAGAUGAUGUCAAGGAUUCAUGGGAUGCCGACACCACUGAAGAUGAACAGGAAGAUGAAGAUAAAUCGGACAAUAUUCUCAAGACAUCCGAAACAGCGGCAGAAGCUGUUCAAAAAGUGUCUACUAUUACUGAAUCAGAAAAGAAAGAAUCCUCCGAAAGUGAAAUAGAAAGCGAAAGUGGGAGUGAAUCUGAAUCUGAAGAAGAUAGUGAACAAGACAGUGAGGUGGAGGAUAGAGUGCCAGAUGCUGCACGUAAAAAGGAACGUGCAAGAGAACGAAUUCAAAAUCGUCGUAUAGAAGCUGAAAAGAAGAAAUCUUUAGAUAAUCUGAGAGCUGCCGUAGUCUGCGUUUUAGGCCAUGUAGAUACUGGCAAAACCAAGAUUCUGGAUAAACUCAGGAGAACGAAUGUACAGGAUGGAGAAGCUGGUGGUAUAACUCAACAAAUCGGUGCUACUAAUGUACCGAUUGAAGCUAUCCAAGAUUCGACAAAGCAUGUAAAAGGCUUUGCUGACAAGAAAUUUAAAAUUCCUGGUCUCUUGAUCAUAGAUACACCUGGUCACGAAUCAUUUAGUAACCUCAGGAGCAGAGGAUCUUCUCUUUGCGAUAUAGCAAUUUUAGUUGUAGAUAUUAUGCAUGGGUUGGAACCGCAAACUAUAGAGAGUAUCAAUUUAUUGAAAGUAAAAAAAUGUCCUUUUGUUGUUGCCCUUAAUAAAAUUGAUAGGUUAUACGAUUGGCAAACUAUGAGUCGUAAGGAUGUUCAAGAUAUAGUGAAGAAUCAAGCACCUAAUACUCAGCGAGAAUUCGAAAAGCGGUCAAAGGACGUAAUUGUGCAGUUUGCUGAACAAGGUCUCAAUGCGGCAUUGUAUUAUGAGAAUCCAGAUCCUAGGAAUUAUGUAUCUUUAGUUCCUACCAGUGCUAUAACAGGCGAAGGCAUGGGUAAUCUGUUGGCAUUAAUAGUUGAUGCCUGUCAGGGUCCUCUGGCUAAGAGAUUGAUGUACAGUGAAGAACUUCAGGCUACCGUAUUGGAGGUCAAAGCAUUGCCUGGACUCGGCACUACGAUAGAUUGUAUUCUAGUCAAUGGAAUGUUAAAAGAAGGCGAUACAGUCAUUAUCGCUGGUACGGAUGGGCCUAUUGUAACGCAAAUUCGCUCGCUUCUUAUGCCGCAACCGUUAAAAGAAUUAAGAGUUAAGAGUGCGUAUAUCGAACAUCGCGAAGUCAAAGCAGCUCAAGGAGUGAAAAUUGCCGCAAAGGAUUUAGAGAAAGCCAUUGCUGGUAUGCAAUUUACUUUCAAGAUUAUUAAUGAUUGGCUUUUUUAUAACAAUUUAACAAAAUAA